GGAUUCUCUUUACAUGCGGACGUUUGUCUCCCUGUUUUCGUUAUACUUUUGUCUUUGACAUAACCUCAUUCAUAGUCGUAUUGUCCAUUGCCAGAGACUCAUUUCAGCAAAAUAGGUUUUCUCGAAGGUCUUCCCUUUUGUUAUUUCUUUUAAGUUUAUUGCCGAUAUGAAUUCUGCCGACAUUCGCGUCAUUUUCUUAUAUGAGUACAAACUUGGUAAUAGUGCUGCAAAAGCUGCACGCAACAUAAACCAAGCGUUUGGGGAGAAUACGGUUAACGAUCGGAAAGUGCAGCGUUGGUUCGAAAAAUUUCGGACUGGCGAUUUUUCACUGCAAAAUGAGCCGCGCGGAAGACCCAAAACGUCUGUGAAGAAUGAUGACCUGAAGGCUCUAGUGGAAGCGGAUCCAGCCCUAUCCACGAGGGAACUUGCUAUCAGGAUGAAAGUUGACCAUACAACGAUAUUGAGACACCUUUCUGAGAUUGGCAAGGUUAAGAAGAUGGACAAGUGGGUACCACACGCACUGACAGAGCGAAAUAAGCUGGAUCGGUUAAACGUAUGCUCAUCAUUGCUAACCCGAUUUCACCGAGAGCCAUUUUUCGAUCGGAUCAUUACGUGUGACGAAAAAUGGGUUCUUUAUGACAAUAGAAAGAGGUGUGCUCGGUGGCUUGACAAGGAUGAGGUUUGUGCCCAUACUCCAAGGCUAUCGCUUCAUCCACGGAAGAUUUUGUUCACAGUUUGGUGGAACGCGGCUGGGGUAAUCCAUUAUUCGUUCCUUCGACCUGGGGAGACAAUUACGGCCGAAAAGUACUGCCAGUACAUUGAUGAGAUGCACGAUAAGUUAAAAAUUGUACGCCCAUCGCUUGUGAAUCGGCAUGGCCCGCUACUGCUCCAUGACAACGCUCGGCCGCAUACAUCGCACAAAACAAUUGCGAAACUGAACGAACUGGAAUAUGAAGUUUUGCAGCAUCCACCAUAUUCACCGGAUCUCUCGCCGACCGAUUUUCAUUUUUUCAAGCAUUUAGAGCUGUUUUUAAGGGGCAAACACUAUGAAAAUGAAGACAGUCUAAAAAACUCGAUAUCAGAGUUUAUUAAUUCUAAAGACCAAAAUUUUUUUAAGACAGGCAUCUACGCUUUAAAAUCUCGUUGGGAGAAGUGUAUUGAAGCGAAUGGAGCAUACUUUGAUUGAAUAAACAGCUUUUGAAGAAAGA